GUCAGAUGUUGCAGUUUUGGGCAAGAGCCAUGCAAUCAGUUCACGUUUACCAUGUCACAUUUAAAAGAACAACAACUAUAGUAUUAGUAUAUUCCAUCUUCUUCAUCUCCUUCCAUCGUACGAGGUCUUUCUAUAUCCCAAAUCCAAAAAUUUAUGAAACAAAAGAAUUUUUUUUUUCUUUUGAUAAAUCUUCCACAUUUGUAUUGGAAAACGAGAUGAGCAUUGGUGGUUCCGUGAUAGAUUCUCUUGUUGCCUCCAUUAAGAACCUGACAAGCCAAGGCCAUCUAUCCAAAGCAUUCAAAACUUUCUCUCUUGUCCAAAGCCAUGUCUCUUCUACUGGCUCCUAUGACAUUGUCUUACAACCCAUCUCUUCUCUUCUUGUCUCUUGCGCCAACCUUAAAUCGCUCAUGUCGGGUAAACAGCUUCAUGCUUGCGUUGUCGUGCUUGGUUUUGAACGGAACCCCAUUUUGGUUCCCAAGUUGGUAAACUUUUAUUCGAGUUUUAAUCUCCUUGUUGAUGCACAUGUUGUUACUGAGAAUUCGAAUAUAUUGCAUCCUUUGCCUUGGAAUCUGCUCAUAUUUUCGUAUGCUAGGAAUGGCCUUUUUGGUGAGGCUCUCUCUGCCUACAAACAAAUGGUGAACAGGGGUAUUCGACCGGAUAACUUCACUUAUCCAUCUGUGCUCAAGGCCUGUGGUGAAACGAUGGAUUUAGCUUUUGGUAGAGAAGUGCACAAGUCCAUUGGGUGUAGCCCUUUGCCGUGGAGCUUAUUUGUGUAUAACGCAUUGGUCUCGAUGUAUGGGAAGUUUGCGCUCUUGAAUGUUGCGCGCAACUUGUUUGACAAAAUGCCCGAAAGGGAUGGUAUUUCUUGGAACACGAUGAUCUCUGCUUAUGCCUCCAGGGGCAUGUGGAAGGAAGCAUUUGAGCUCUUUGAAAGCGUGCGAGUUGAGGGUAGGGAAAUAAACAUAGUAACAUGGAACACCAUUGCUGGAGGGUGCUUGCGCAUUGGCAAAUUUUCGCUGGCACUCGAGUUGCUCUCUCAAAGGAGAGCUUGCGGUAUUCGGCUGGACUCAGUGGGAUUGAUUAUUGGUUUGGGUGCUUGUUCCCACAUGGGAAUGAUUAAGUUGGGGAGGGAAAUUCAUGGUUUUGCAAUUCGCACUGGUAUCUACGAGUUUGACAAUUUUAAGAAUGCAUUGAUUACAAUGUAUUCCAGAUGCAAAGACCUUAGGCAAGCGGAUAUUAUGUUUCAACUUGUAGAGGACAAGAAUAUAAUUACAUGGAACUCUAUGCUUUCCGGCUAUACCCACAUGGAUCGAGCUGAGGAAGCCUCUUUUUUUUUCAGAGAAAUGUUGCAUUCUGGAAUAGAGCCAAAUUACGUUACAAUAGCUAGCAUUCUUCCUCUUUGUGCUCGAGUAGCAAAUCUUCAACACGGGAAGGAGUUCCACUGCUACAUUAUAAAACGAGAAGGCUUUGAGAAUUACCUUAUGUUAUGGAAUGCAAUUGUGGACAUGUAUGCAAGAUCAGGCAAGGUUUUAGAAGCUAAAAGAGUAUUUGAUUCAUUAACCAGGAGAGACGAAGUGACCUAUACUUCCAUGAUUGCUGGAUAUGGGAUGCAGGGAGAGGGAAAAGCUGCUCUGAAGUUAUUUGAGGAGAUGAACAGGCUCCAGAUCAAACCAGACCAUAUAACCAUGGUGGCAGUUCUAUCAGCUUGUAGCCAUUCAGGUCUUAUAAUCCAAGGGCAGAUGCUCUUUGAUAAGAUGUUGAGUGUGUAUGGUAUAAGUCCCUGUUUGGAGCACUUUGCUUGCAUGGUUGAUCUUCUUGGAAGGGCUGGUUUGAUAAACACGGCAAAGAACACCAUCACGAGGAUGCCUUACAAGCCAACUCCUGCAAUGUGGGCGACUCUUAUUGGAGCCUGUCGAAUCCACGGAAACUUGGAAAUAGGAGAAUGGGCAGCGGAGAACCUUUUGAAAAUGAGACCCAAAAAUUCAGGUUACUACGUGUUGAUCUCCAAUAUGUAUGCUGCCACUGGGCGGUGGAACAAGAUAGCAAUGGUGAGGACUUUCAUGAGGGACUUGGGUGUGAGGAAGGCUCCUGGUUGUGCUUGGAUUGAUGUGGGCAAUGGAUUCUUCCCCUUUCUGGUGGGCGACACAUCAAUUCCCCAUGUGCAUGACAUUUACAGUUUGUUGGAUGGGUUGGUCGAGGUGAUGAAAGAUUAUGGUUAUACUGCCAUUGAAGGUUUAGGUCCAGGUGAGGAUGUUUAUGAGGAGUAGAAUAGACAAAGGACUGAGGGAGUUUAUACCAAACUAAGCAUCACUAACACAUUUGAGAAGUGUGGACUAAAUAAAAGACACACAGAACAAGUAAAUACAUGAAAAAUGCAGAAAAUGCAGAAAAGUGGAAAUGCAUUCUCAUAUAUUAUUGGAAAUGUAUAUGA